AUGCGUACUCCCAGAAUAGCCAUUAUCGUCCUCUUCUUCGCCGCUUCGCUCUUCCUCUUCUGCCGCUCCAUCACCUCACUGGCGCGCUCUUCCUCCUCCUCUCCCGUCAUCGCCGCCCCGGCCGCCGUACCGCGAUCACGAUUCACGAGUUUCUUCUCAUUUACAGCGCCUUUUUCCAUUUUCCAGCCAAAUGCCGCCAUCAGCCUGACCGAUGACAACAGCACUUCCUUUGUCGCUCGCCCAGCUGCCUUUGGCCCCAAUUUGCCCAACAAGGGUUUGAGCGGUCAACUAUGGAUCGGCAGUGGCUUCGCCGACGAUAACCUCCAGGAGGGUGAGGGCGAGGGCGAGUUGGGAUGCAGUGACAUUCCCGGUUGGGACGACGGCAAGGCCAACGCUGUUCUCAAGACUGCCACCAAGGGCAUGUCCAAGUCCUCCAACAAGGCUGCUGCUGCCGCCGGCAAGCCUGGUCACCACAAGCGCGACAAGACCGACAAGGACGCCGUGCCUGACGCCGUGGGUGUCCCCGUCACCCGCCUCAGGUCCAAGAUCCGCCCAGCCGACGACGGCACCGACGACUACCUCCACCAAGGCCUCGCCCGGAAGCCUCAGCCCAACCACGAUAGCGCCCUGUCCACCGAGUCGACCCACGCCGAUAUCCAAUCGAUACAAGAGGCUGCGGAGAUCGCCGGGAAGAUCGUGCUGCUCAGUCGCGGCGGCUGCGGUUUCUUGGAAAAGGUCAAGUGGGCGCAGCGACGUGGCGCCAUGGCCCUCAUCGUGGGCGAUAACACAAAGGGGGGUCCCCUGAUUCAGAUGUUCGCCAGAGGCGAUACCUCCAACGUCUCCAUCCCCUCUGUCUUCACCACCCGGACCACGGCGCACUUGCUGUCGUCCCUGACGCAGCCCGGCAGCUUCAUCGAGGAUACUCUCGACGAGCACGGCCGCCCGGCCCUCAAGGUUCUGCAAUCCGACGGGGGAAGCCGGAGGAACAGGAAGAACAAGCAAAAGGCUGCGGCGACGACGCCGACGCCGACCCCCAAGGCCACGGCAACGCCCAGGGCAAAGGCUGCCGCAAAGGGCAAGCCGGCCAAGGCCGAGCACAAGGCGGCUAAGCCCCGUACCAGCCUGUUCCGAUGGCUGUUUAGCUGGGGCCGUAGCUCACGAUCUGGCGACAGCAUUCAGCCCCCGAGCAGCGGUCGCCAUAACUGGGUUCUCGUUGACGACUGGAGCGAGGAGAAGGACAGGGUCAUCCGAGACGGCCUCGGCAAGGCCGCCAAGAGGGGCAAAGGCAAAGUUCCCGACGCUCGCAAGAGCGAAGACACAUUCCAAAUCGGUGUCCAAGACUGGCGGGAUCCCGAUUUGGUGGAUGCCCCCAGCUCCAAAGACCAGACCGAGGCCGCAGCCGCAGCCAAGGAGCAGCAGGUCGGCAAGCCCGGCAAUACCGCGAAGAGUGGCAAGGACGUCACUGGCCCCAAGGGCGGAAGCAUCACUCCCGGAAGCGGCGAGUACAACCCUGACUUGCCGCCCGUUGAGACCGAGGGAUCCACCUCCGGAAAGGAGGCUACGGCUCACGGGGGUAUCAUGUCAAAGAUUUUCGGAGAAGACGACGGUGCCGACUUCUCUAAGGAGGACAAGCCCAAGGAUCCCCCGCGGCCCUCGGAGCCCAUUCCCGACGAUGGUGACAACGACGAUGACAACGAGCCUAUUGGGCACGAUGGUCUCUGGGUUACGAUUACGCCUUCAAGCAGCUCCAGCCCCUUCUUCGAUACUCUGCUCGUGCUUGUGAUCAGCCCUCUGAUCACUUUGAGCGUCGUCUAUGCCUUGCUGAUCCUUCGCGCGCGCAUUCGCAGAAGACGCUGGAGGGCCCCCAAGUCAGUCGUCGAGCGUUUGCCCGUUCGCACGUACCACACCGUCGCGGCGUCACCCGUUCCCUCGCCGAGAAUUCCAUCACCCACGAGUCCAACACCCACCACGCCAUUGCUACAGCAGACGCCUUCCCGACCACGGCCUCGUUCUAGAACGACGACAGGCAUCCCCGAGUCGGAGAGCUUGCUGUCUGUCAACUCGGCCCUGCAGAUGCCUAGGUCGCCACCGCGGACAGAGCACGAAAAGGCAAACGGCAGCUACUCGAGCGAGUGGAAGAAGUACAUGGGCAGACAGGUCGAAUGCGUGGUUUGUUUGGAGGAGUACGUCGACGGCGUCAGCCGCGUCAUGAGCUUGCCCUGUGGCCACGAAUUCCACGCAGAGUGCAUCACGCCUUGGUUGACGACGCGCCGCCGCACAUGCCCCAUUUGCAAGGGCGAUGUCGUACGCUCUCUUGCACGCGGCUCCCCCUCUAGCCCCCGCUACGAACCGUAUCACGACGACUCUGACGACGAGGUGGAAGCCGAGGCGUCCGGCUCGCGAGACAGAGACGAGGACGUGGAGCAGGCUGGUAUCCUCUCGCCCGCGCCCAGGGGACGGCAAACCCGACCCGACGGGUGGUUGGGGAUGCUGUCUGGUAGCUUUGGGGCGUCGUCUCGCGCCAGUCGAUCAUCGCAGGAUGAUCGCAACCGGUGA